CUUUCGUUCUAGCAUCUAUUGUUGAUUGUAUCGGUUGUUUGUUUUGUAAUACAAAGUGAGGGAAACCUUUUUUUCAGUGGUAGACCAUGACUUGGCCGCGACAAUCUGGCCCGUUCGCAUUUGCAGACCCACCGCUGGGCAGCAGAGCACUGGCCUUUUCAUAAUGAACCUCCUUCACUUGAAUCCAUUUUGAUGAAAUCCGAUCGAAAUGUGCCCCAGACGCACGGAAUUUGACCAAACGCGCACCUGGCAAACAAAGCCCUUGAGGAGUCCAGCGGGCAAGGGCGGUUGCUUGCCGUGCGGUGCUUGCUGCAUCCACGGAGCUUUCGUACGUGCCACCUCGCUGCACCACGACACGCAGUAGGUUGCCGGAUAAUCUCGCUUCCCUGCCAGAAAACAAAGAUGUCCACGUACUUGUCGCGUCUUGGGCCGGUCGUCUCUGCCGAUACUUCACACCAGAAAUUAAGAUGAGAUCGCCGCCGGCAUCGUCAGCUUGCUCUGCUCCAGCAAUGGCCCCGCGCUGGAUCUCUCACUGAUCGAUCACCACACAAGACGGAGUAAAUCACUUCACAGGCGCCAUUGCUCAGCUGCUGAGUUCUGAGGAGCCGAGGGGAGCGGAGAUGGAGCCCAUCCCUCUGCUGACGCCGUACAAGAUGGGCCAGUUCGAGCUGUCCCACCGGGUGGUGCUCGCGCCCAUGACGCGGCAGCGGGCCUACGGCGGCGUGCCGCAGCCGCACGCCGCCCUCUACUACUCCCAGCGCGCCACCCCCGGCGGCCUCCUCAUCUCCGAGGCCACGCGCGUCGCGCCGCCGCGCCACGACGAGGAGCCGGAAUCGUUCAGGGACAUGCCGGGGAUCUGGGCGCCGGACCAGGUCGCGGCCUGGAGGCCCGUGGUCGACGCCGUGCACGCCGAGGGCGCCGUCUUCUUCUGCCAGCUCUGGCACGCCGCCGCCGGCGACGGCGACGCCGUCAGGCACAGGCAGCUGGUCAGCCCGCAGAUGAGCUUCGACGGCCGCCGCGAGGAGCUCACGUCGCCGAGGAAGGUCGCGGCCAAGGACGCGCCCGCCGUCGUCCAAGCCUUCAGACGCGCCGCCAGGAACGCCAUCGAUGCCGGCUUCGACGGCGUCGAGCUCCAGGGCACCAACGGCUACUUCGUCGUCGACGACGCCGGUGACCCGGAGAGCCGGUGCCGGUUCGCGCUGGAGGUGGUGGAGGCCGUGGCGCGGGAGAUCGGCGGCCACCGCUUGGGCCUGCGGCUGGACCAGUUCGCCGCCGGGCCGGACGAGCACGCGCUGGCGCUCCACGUCGUGAGCCGGCUCAACGACCUCGGCGUGCUCUACUGCCACAUGAUCGAGCCGAAGGUGGAAGGCCGGCGGCGGGUGUCCCGGCGGCUGCUGCCGUACAGGGAGGCGUUUGGCGGCACGUUCAUCGCCAGCGGCGGGUACGGGCGGGAGGAGGGCGACGCGGCCGUCGGCGAGGGGUACGCCGACCUGGUGGCGUACGGGCGGCUGUUCCUGGCGAACCCGGACCUGCCGAGGAGGUUCGAGCUCGGUGCGCCGCUCAACGACUGCGUCAGCGCCACCUUCUACGGUGCCGGCGCCGGCGCCGUCCACCCCGCCGUCGGAUACACCGAUUACCCGUUCCUCGACUGAUCGAUGAUCGACCUUGGUUAGCCUGAAUGUUGUAUAUAUGCUGCUGCUAAUUUUAUGGGGAUUAUGUUCAUCAAUCAAUUUGGUCGUCUCGUCAAUUUGCACUACUAAUUUACCAUGUAAAUGAUGGCCGGCGGUCCCUGUUCAAGAAUGGGCAAAAAUAGUGUAUCUUGGACA